UGUUAUGAAUGAUAUUGUUUGCUAAUUAUAUUAUUAACUAUAAUUUAGGCAAUUUGUUAAGUUUAAACGUCAAUUUAGAAAAAUUCAGCCUCCAAAAUAAAUAAAAUAGCUCAUAUCUAUUUACUGAGUCUUUAAUAUAGGUAAAUAAAUGAAUAACCGCCAAUUUCAAUAAACAUCGGCAUACAGUUUGUUUGCUAACAAAUAAAUAAUGGAAAGUAUUGAAAUAUCCGAUGAUGACGAAAGUUUUGAAGAACCUGUAAAUAGUAAACAAAAAGCAGUGGCCUACGAAAUUUCUUCUGACGAAGAAUUGCCGAAUGUAGAAAUAAGAAGUAAAAGGCAGACUUAUAUACACAAUUUAUUUCCAAAAACUGCUACUAUAAGUUCUAGAACAAAUGAAACCUCAAGAAAACCAGGGCAGACUCCUAAUGUAAAUCCUAUUCCUGAUAAAUGUGGCAGUGGGAUCGAGAAAAUGAUAGGAGGUGUUAAAGUUAUUCUACCAGUCAAUCCUUAUGGCAGUCAGCUUGCUUUAAUGUCUAUUGUAAUUAAGGCAAUUAAAAAUAAUCAAAAUUGCUUGCUCGAGAGUCCGACGGGAUCUGGCAAGACUCUGGCCCUCUUGUGUGCUACCCUGGCAUGGCAGAUGCAAGAGAGAAAACGUCUGAACGAGAAGUUGACCCAGAGCUAUUUCAAUGAUCACCCCGAGCUGAACAAUCUGCUGGAAGGCCACGACUCGUACAAGACUAUGACAGCUGAUGAGAGAGGCGACUUCUUCAACAAAUUUGCUUACAGUAAAAAAACAAUCUACAGUGAUCCAGACGAAGGAGGCGACACUACUGCUGUUUGCGGCAGCAGCAAACGUCAGGAGCCACUCAACGACAGCGGUGAAGGUUCUCCGACUAAAGGCUUGGUCACAAUCCACAAGAGACGACGCCUGUAUAGUAGUGAGGUGGAAGACUCAAAAGCCAAAAGUGGUGAACCACCUUCAACACCGGAUAAGAAAAUUCAAGUAUCGGAACCGACCACUCCUGAAGAAGUCAGAAACCUUUACUCUCUCGUGGAGAAUCUCGGUGUUAGGACGUCAAUGUUGGUUGCUUGCAGUCUUCCCAUCAUCUACUACGGUGCGAGGACUCACAAGCAGAUCCAACAGGUGGUGAGAGAGUUCUCCAGGACGGAGUACUGCGGGAAGGCCCUCAUGACGGUGCUGUCGAGUCGAGAGUACAGCUGCAUCAGGGAGUUUGAUAGGAAACAGUGGGCCACCAAGAACGAUAUGUGCAGAGGAUGUGUUCAGGGGACAGACCGCGAAAGAAACAGGGAAUCAACUAACUGCGCGUACUAUAACAACCGCAAGGCACUGAACCACAAAGCUCUCCCUCACGCCUUCGACCUGGAAGAGUUGGUGCGCGUGGGAGAGGAGAUAAGGGCGUGUCCGUACUACGCCGCGCGCGAGAUGGCGAACGCGGCUCACAUCGUGUUCUGCCCUUACAACUAUUUGAUCGAACCGGGCAUUAGAAGCAGUAUGCAAAUCGAUGUGAGCGGCAACAUAGUGAUUAUCGACGAGGGCCACAACAUCGAGGACGUGUGCCGCGACGCUGCCACCUUCACUGUCACCAAAGCUCAACUCGACGCCGCCAUCUUGGAGUUGCAGAAGGUAGCUCAAUUUACUUACGCGAACCAGGACUCCAUGGGAUAUAUUGAACACUUGCUGAAGGUUCUCAAUAGCUGGGAGCAGUGGUUCGUGAACCAGAAGCCGCUGCUGAGCAAGGCGGCCGUCAACAACGGCGAGGCGGUGUACACGUGGGCCGUGGAACACUUCACCACCACGCUCCACAACCACAACAUUGGCCAGAAACAGUAUGCCGAGUUCCGACACCACGCGGAGUUGUUCUGUCGUCGACUGCGGGAAGACCCGCGCACGUUGUUCGGCGUGACGCAGGCGACGGGCUCGCUCGUAGAGACCAUAGACACGGUGCUAGGCUACCUGUUCCGGCAUGACGGCAAAUACAUGGAUGACUUUGUACCGGUCCUGGUGCGUCAUGUGGUCGCGGACGAAGUGUCCGAGAACUUCAACUGGAGGAACUCUCAGUUCGACCGGUCGGUGGAGAAGGAAUCCCUGUCACUCCGCCUUCUUUGUAUGAACCCCGCGCUGGUGUUCGAGGCUCUGUCUCCUGCUCGCAGUAUCCUGCUGGCCUCCGGGACUCUCACUCCUCUGGUCAGCCUCCACUCCGAGCUGGCCUCGUCGUUCCCUCUGCAGAUCAGCCCGAACCAUAUCAUACCCAAAGAUAGGGUGUGGAUAGGCACCCUGGGCAGCCAGCCAGACCGCUCCAGGCUGGAGUGCACGAGCCGGGCGUGCCAGGAGCCCGCCACUCAGGACGCACUGGGCGCCGCCGUGCUGCACGUGUGCCGGGUCACUCCCUCGGGGGUGCUGUGCUUCCUGCCCUCCUACGGCCUCAUGAACACACUGGUGCGCCGUUGGAGGGAAACUAAUGUGUGGAGCAAGUUGGAGCAAUUGAAGCACGUGUUUAUGGAGAGUCGCAAUGUUCGAGACCACAGCGAUAUAAUGGAGGACUAUUACAAAUAUUCUGCGAGUGAGAAGGGCGCGCUACUGUUCGCCGUGUACCGCGGCAAGGUGUCCGAGGGUAUGGACUUCAAAGAUCACCAGGCACGCGCCGUCAUUGCGAUCGGUGUCCCGUACCCAAACACUUACGACAUGGCCGUCAAAGAGAAGAUGAAGUACAACAACAGAUACACGGAGAACAGGAAACUGCUGCCCGGGAAUGAAUGGCUCAGGGUACAGGCUUACAGAGCGUUGAACCAGGCGGUGGGGCGGUGUGUACGUCACGUGCGCGACUGGGGCGGGGUCCUACUGGUGGACGCCCGCUUCCAGAACCCGCACUACACCGAGCACCUGUCCAAGUGGCUCGCUAACUAUUUGGGCAACAAUCACCACACAUUCGACAGCUUGGUCAAUGGUCCGAACAACUUGGAGACCUUUAUGCAGAACAUGAAGAUACGAGAUGAGGAGGAGGUGAUGUAAAUCUGUGAUACUUUUUAUUGAUCAUGAAUAAAUUGUGUGUUUUUA